UCGCCGGUCUCCGCAGAAACAUUUUGAUUUUGUUCUCAAUGUGCGCCAAACCAAUUUAUUGCAAAAAAAGAGCUAAGAGUUGGUAAUACUACUCUGAGUUUUCCCUGUAUCCUCUUUUGUGUACUUGAGACAGCUUCCUCACCAUCGCAGCCGCCGUCGUAUGUGUAGUAUUUUGCCCUUGUUUUUCCAACGUGACUGAUGCACAAAGCGGAUUUUCACUAAGAACGACAAACAAGAAUCUUGGAAGUGAAAAGUUUCGGAAAGUGAUUUUCUUUUGUUCGAGAAUGCACGACUUUCUUUAUGUCGCAUUUCGAGGCCAAUGAAAGACAGCAGGAGUAAAAAAAAAUAGUAUUUGUGAUUAUCCACGGUAAGGAAAACCGAAAGGGGUUGUGAUCCUCCCACACUUCUACCUAACCGAUAUAACGAAGAAGUGAGAACUGCCAGCUGCCUAUUCCAUCCGGUAUUGGAAUUAAUCGACAAGGAACUGACCGCCAAGAAAAAAGUGAAAAUUUACCUGUCUAACUUUUGGACAUGGAUGCUGAAAUUUGCAAUCGCGCACCCAGAUCAUAGCGACACCACGAACAAACAUAUCGCACUCACAAAGUCCUUGAAAAUGUGAGAGAAAAGCGUUGGCGAGAAGCGAAAGGACUCGAUGUAUCGGUGCAGAAGAAGGACAGCUCCUGCAAAUAUGGAUUAAAAAUUUACCUCGGUUUACAUGGAAACAAAAAAUGUCAUUCUUUGUUGACUAAAAAUGUGUAAGAAAAAUGUGAAUUGAAGAAGCGGCGAGUUGCGUUGGUUUUUAGUUCUCAGUUGUGUAGUUUCGGACAAAUUUUGGACUUUCUAACAAAAAGCGGGACCUGUUUGGGUGAUUUUGUUUAGUUCAGCAGUUGAUCAUUUCUGCGAACAAAAUUAAUGUACUUCGGACAAAAUGAAAAAUUAUGCAAAAUUGAAAAAUAUCGUAUGAAAUUUGUAAAAAAAUAAAUAUGUACAGUGUAUAAAUGUCUAGUGUAUUAUUGUAAACUACAUAUUAUAACAACUUUGGAUAAAGGAACAAAAUCGUAAUCAAGAAAAAAGUUCAGUUUACUCUUGCACAAUAAAUUUAAAGUGGUAGUGUGGAACCAAGCAAAAACUUCAAUUCUUAUAAAUAAAUGCAUCAGUACAUAUAUCAACACUGUCGUGAAACAGUGAAGCAGAGCGAGAAAUUAUCGAUUUCAUUUUGUAUUUCGAGAAGACAAAUCAGCUGGCGAUAAGUAUUUGUGGGACGGUGGACGAAGAUCAUUUUAGAGCAUCUCAAAACACGAAAAAAUGAGUCGUUGAACCACUUACUACUGGCUAACUUGCUUCCCCGGUUAUGCAAAAAUCUUCAAAAUUAGAUUCGUGCGAAACCUGACAACAUGGCUAUCAAUUUUUCAGCAUCAUUCGCGGCAUGUCUAGCGGCGGGCCUUAAAGUGCCACGGCAAAUUAUGUACUGCAUUUCUCAAGAUACUCCCUACGUUCUCUACAAAGAUUCUCAGGAAGUAGCUGAGCGAACGGCUGCCCUCAGUGGUCAGUGGGGUGGUGAAAUUUAUCCAGCACUGCAACAGAGUUCUCAAACUCAUAUUCCUCCGCAUAAUAAUGGAGCGCAUCAAAUUUCCGUCUCCAGUGGUGCACCACCACAGCAAGCACAACAACCUCAACAGCCAACUCCAAAUAGUCCUACUAAUGGACACCAGGAAAGUAGAUCACGGCAACCAGGUGAACAAGCCAAUGGCCAACUACACAGUCCAGCAACAAGUCCGUACCCACAGAAUAACGGUACAGAAAUGGACGACCAAAUUAAGGUUCAAAAUAUGCAGCAAAGCAUUCAUCAGCAACAAAACGGGCAAUUGAGUCAUGUCCAAACCAACGGACAAACAAACUCACCAUCUCAAAACACCGAACACCCCAAUCAACAGCCUCAUAAUAGUCAAAAUCAACAGAGUCAAACAUCACAACCACAGCAACAAAAUAAUGCUCCAGGACCUAACCAACAGCAGUGCUACCCAGAGUCUGCACAACCCGAACUAUACUACGCACAACGCCACCACGGACCACAGGGAUCCAUGUUGCCACCUCCUGGAUUCACCCCGCUGCAUCAUUAUCUCAACAAAUCCGGUGUACUGUCGGGAAUGCCUCCUGGCAUCGAGCAGGGAAAUCCUCUGGAACAAUAUACCAUGCCAGAUUUAGUUCAUAGUAAUCAAAUUCAUCACGUGUCAUCCAACGGAACGCUCAAAUCCAAAGGCUCUGAUCUCCGACUUUUCAAAUGCCUGACCUGUGGGAAGGACUUCAAACAGAAAAGUACUCUUCUGCAACACGAACGAAUUCACACGGACUCUCGGCCUUACGGGUGUCCGGCAGUUGAGUGCGGAAAGAGGUUUCGCCAACAAUCCCAUCUAACACAACACCUCCGAAUUCAUGCCAACGAAAAACCGUUCGUGUGUCCGUUCUGUCAACGAGCAUUCCGACAGCGAGCUAUACUGAACCAGCACAUUCGAAUUCACUCAGGUGAUAAGCCGUUCGGUUGCCCGUAUCCAGAAUGUGGAAAAAAAUUCCGUCAAAAGGCCAUUUUGAAUCAGCACGUGCGCACCCACCAAGACGUUUCUCCUCAUCUAAUAUUCAAAAACGGCCCUCACGCCACACUGUGGCCUCAGGAUGUACCGUAUCCACCAGAACAGGAAGGUCAACCGAAGGACGAACAAACUUUUGGCGAUGAGGCCUCCCAAGGAACUCCAGAGUCUCGCGGUUGUUUUUCACCAGAAGCUAACCUACAGUACUCGUCGUACUUCAAGGACACGAAAAGCGUGAAUCACUCCAUCUUCGGAAAUAACCUUCCAUAUUUGAACAAAGCUCCUGGUGGUAAAUCAAUGUUGCAGGAUGUGAUUCAACAUGGUCGAUCCGCAGGAAUGCCUCUGUAUGUACGGUGCCCUAUCUGCCAGAAAGAAUUCAAACAGAAAAGCACAUUGCUUCAGCACGGUUGCAUUCACAUUGAAUCACGACCUUACCCAUGUCCAGAAUGUGGCAAACGAUUCCGACAACAGUCCCAUCUCACACAGCAUCUCAGAAUUCAUACCAAUGAGAAACCGUUUGGAUGCCCGUACUGUCCACGCUUCUUCCGACAGCGCACGAUACUCAAUCAGCACAUACGCAUACAUACAGGCGAAAAACCAUACAAAUGUGCACAGUGUGGCAAGGACUUCAGGCAGAAAGCGAUACUAGAUCAGCACACUAGAACACACCAGGUAGGAGACCGACCAUUCUGUUGCCCUAUGCCAAACUGCCGAAGACGUUUUGCCACCGAACAGGAAGUCAAAAAACACAUCGACAAUCACAUGAAUCCACAUUCUUCAAAAGCGCGUAAAUUGGCAACGAUGACAGCAUUGAACAAUAAUAACAACAAUAAUAAUACAAACAAUAAUAAUAACAACAACAACGGUACUCUGGAGCAAAAGGUAUCGCCUACCUUCCUGAUGGAUAAGCAAAAUAAUCUCGUCCAGCGGAUGGGACCGGUAAAACACGAAUUGUACUUUCCGCAAUGCUACGGUCCACCAUUCAAUCAACCAUUUAUAGCAAACGCAUCAGUAGUAUCCGCAAAUCCAACCACUACUACCAGCAAUACUACCCAUGGUCCCAUCGCACCGCCUACUUCGACUGGAAACGGCACUAGUGGGCCAAAUGCAAAUUUACAACUUACCCACACAAACGCAACGAUAGCGACAGGUUCAACAUCCAUAGCGACGGUCAUAGCUGCUCCCCAAGCGGUAGUAGCACAGUGACAUCCGCUGGAGGGUCCGUAUCCUCCCAAUGUCCCACAGACAACACUACCAACCCACGUUGGGCCACCAGCUUUGAUAGCGAUACACCACUGAAGAGAUAUUGUUGUUGAUUACAUCGAGGCAGUUUCCAAUAGUAGCCCAGUGCCGAAGACUUCUAUGUUACAGUCUCAGACUAGAUCUCCUACACUGCAAUAUCUUCCGAUGCUAAAAUAAUCUACAGAGUGUUAGGGUGAAAAACAAUUUACAUUAAUUACAAUUUUCAUUUAUGUGCAAAUUUUUCAUUUUCGAUGCACAAUAAUUACUGGAUCAGACCAAACGUAGUGUUAAUGGAAUAAUGCGAAACAGAGCAGUUUACCUCUCAUGAGCCUUUGGUGAUAAUCUACUGAGUUAGUGUCAGGAUGGUCUCGGCAAGCAACCGAAAUCAGAGAACAAAAACUUAUAUGAUUGGAUAUUAUAUUUUUAUGUGGAAGUCUAAUCUAUUUCAAAUUCUUUUCAAUCUUCCUAUUAACGGGCUACUUCACUGUAGUGUUUUUAAAGAAUCGUUUUUUUUGCCUAAAAAUGUUAAAAUAUAAAAAGCAGGCUUGUUAUUUGCUCACACAAUGUGCAUAAGAUGCGAGAUACACCGAUACCCCUAGCAGCACAAAAACAAUGCGAUGUGCAGAUCACCCGCAUAAAGAGAAAAUUGAGAACGAAAAAUAGAAAGAUUUGUGCACCGAGAGAUGCACAAAGAGUCACCUUGAAGAGCCACUUUUUUGUGACUGCCCAAACAGGGAGGAAGUCGUAUCAAACUACAAUUCAGAAAAAGUUGGAUCGGAAGUAUAUUUUUAACAUGUUUUCUGGUUCCCUUCACUGCUUUCGUGCGCGUGGGACCAAGAUGCACACGAAAGAGUCUGUUAUUUCUGCUCUUUUAAUGUGAGGAACCAAGGAGUAGAAUGCACACAUGGGAGCAACACACAUCGAAGUGAAGAGGUUUAUUGUAAAAGAGAAGAGCGGUGAUUCGCAUGAAAAGUACAAAGAGCGUGUUUAUUCAUCUCUUUAUUUACUCUGAGGUACAUUCCAUCUGCAUCAACGCCUCUUAUGUAUACCCUGAGUGUGGGCCAACCCUAGGGGUACUGAAAUCUUAAACUACUUUAUAAGACAAUUCGAAUACAUCAUAAAAUAAGUCGAAAUUCGUAUGCUACUUCCAGGUAUACACUAUUGUUCGCUAGUCGAACUGAAAACGGAAGCCAAUGUAAAAUCCAAAGGGGCGCAAAACCCGAGAUUCCUCAAAAGGCUCCAGAAGACCACGCUACGGCGGCCAGUUCCAUUCAGAUUUAUUCACAACAAAAUGAUGUUCUCAAAUUUAAAGUGUAUACAAAAAUAAAUACCAUUCGUGUUUUUAUUGUGCGACACGAAAACUUAAAAUGAAAAGACUUCGAAUUGAAAAAAAUAGUGCAAAUUCUGUCGCUCGUUUACUUAGCAAACAUAGCAAAGUUCGUGGAGUGAGCUAAAUUGAUUAUCAUCGAGAAGACAGGAGGCGAACAUGGCGUAGUUGGUAAAUCGAUUGUCUUGUACGCAGCUUACCUUGGUUCGAUACGAGGGAUGAACUCAAUUCUUAAAUGAAUUUCCUUCUGUUGACGAUGUCGUGAACAACUGCAGCGGCAAAUAACUAUUUCACGUUGAACUGUCAACUUAUACUUCUGUAUUUUAAAGCAAACGCUCACUCUGUACUGCAAUGAGAUUUAUUUUCCUCUUUACAUUUUCUCUUCCUAUUCCAUUUCUCUACACAAGGCUACGCUCAAUGAAACUUCUCAGAUGCAUUAAAAUCGAGCAAAGAAAAUUAUUCACAGAGUAACUACGUUUUUCUAACAGGUUCAGUAAUGUGUAGGUCUGACAGAAAUCGAAACCAAAGACUGAUAUGGCAAGAUAUUGCUUCUAAACUGAACGUAUACGAGAUGAAUUUAGACCGAUUAUGGAAGAUUUGCACACAAACAUAGAAAACGAACCAUUCAGCUACAAAGUAGAAAUUAAACAACAUUUAAUGGAAACGAACGUUGACAAUGCAUUUCCAAAAUCAAUAUUCGAAACAUUUUUCUUGUGUGUUUAAGAGUAAAACAAAAAUUAAACCGAAACUGCAUAGAAUAACCUUUAUCGCUAUAAGUAGAGUCGAACUCUUUAUACGGAGAAGCAGUUGUUACCAGUAAGAUAAAUGCCAAAUUCAUAAAGAAACAAUGUUUGGAAUUUAUGAAACAGUGACUUCAGCUGAUUCCAACUGAGAAUACGCACUAGAUGCAUUUAAGCAACAGCUGAUUUCUAUGAGUUAAAUAUAAAAGUUUAAGAAACAAGAGUGCCUAGUUAUUGUACAUUAGGAAUUUUCCACCCGUUUCCUUUCCAGUAUAAAACACGAAUGUGAAUUCCACUUCAAAGUCCAUACAAAAGAAUGAAAGAAAAAGCCGACGUUAAAGAUACCUCUACAAUAAAACGAAACACAAAUGAAAGAACACGACUGUAAAUGCAAAACAAAACUAAUUAAACAUAGAGCAACCGAAGAAAUAAAAUAUAGAUAUAUAACUUCCACAACAACAAAACAGAUGGUGCUAUUUUUAUUAAAACUUUUUUAACAGUGGAAAACUUUAUUAAGUGAUUAACAGAACAAGAAUAGUUAAUUGAUAAUUGAAAUCGAUCGCGAAACCGAUGCAAUAGAGUAAUACAAACCAAGCAAACAACAAACAAGAGAACAAUAGGAUAAUUAAGUUUUACAAACUCAUACACACCAACCAACAAUAGAUAAAACGGUAAACAAACUAGAACAAUAUGAAAUACGACACUCAUUAUUAUAUUUAUAUUGCAAUCGAAACAAGCCAACAAUAGAGGAACAUACGGCCAGAACAUAAUUGAAGCAGGAACAGAAACUACAAUCAAAUAUUUACCCAAGAAUUUCUUUUUCUUACUCAUAUAUACAAAACGGAAUAUAGCAAGAUAAACUACAGAAAAUGUAACAUAUGUGGAUUUUUAUCAGACUUUUGUUCCCGAACGCGCUUGUUUUAUGUGCCACAGACAAAUUUUAUUUAUGCUAACUGAAUUGUUUCUACUCAUACUCGCAAACUGCACGCAUACGGUGUUAACACCGCCGGGUGACGUAAAUCAUUAUUUACAGGUGAUAGCUACUGCAAACUUACGUCUUCAAACCAAUUUAAGGGUAAGUGAAUGUAAUAGGAACGAACAACCUCACAUACACAAACAACCGGAUAUAUAGUGGCAUUUUCUUUCGGUACACUCAAGCAGACAACUGAGUGUAUGCUUAAACUCGAAGGAAACGGAUGGCGAAUUAUAGUUUGUAAGAAAAUUGCCAUAGAAAACAACACUAAAUGUAGUGGAUAAUGCAACAUAAAGUUACGGUUAUGUAACGAGAUAUUUUUUUGUAAACAAAACAUUGAAGUCUAAGGAUCUAGCAGGAAAUCAGGCACAGGUACAAUAAAAUAGAGUGUACACAGCGAAUGAACCGAAUGGAUUGUGAAUGCUAUUCUGUCCUGUCAGAAAACGAAAUUACAUAUCUUGCCGUUUAUUAAUUCAGCUAGAUCCGUAAACUAACGUGUUGCACACUCAAGUGAAAAAGUACGAUAAAUUGAAUGAAGUUAGUCAACUUAUGGAACAGAUUGACUCAAUAUUAAAUAUUAGUGAAUGAUUGGUUUUCACAUUUUCAAUCAAACGUAUUUAGUUUCCUUUAUUUCUGUGUUAAAAACAAAAGUCGCCAAGCAAAAAAUUAAAAAGAACUCAAAUUCGAACGAUUAAAAAGACUAAAGACUCGUGAUAUUUGACUUUUAGGCCAAUUUUACUGAUACUUCUAGAAACCCAAUAAUUAUCAUCUCAGUAAGCGCACGAAUGAACAUCGAAGCGUUAAUGGAGACAGGAGCGUAUUGUCAAACUUGGACUUAGUGUAACAUAUUUCCCAAGAAACUUGUUUCAUGUUUCUUCUUAUUUACGUAUUUAAAAUCUUCCCAAUCAUUGCUAGAAAUUAGACGUGGAGUCAAAAGAGAAAACUAAAUCUGUGAUAAGAAAAUGCUCUAAAUUAUUGUUUUAAUUUAAUGUCUCGGAAAAAAAACGAUUUUAACAAUUAGUUAUAAUUUUCGUUAAUGUUGUAAGGAAAGCAAGAACCAUUUUAGGACAAAUUUUUAUAUACCAGAAAAUGUAUCGCGAGUCAGAAAAAAGUAUUUUGGAACGACCAACAACGUUUAGGAAAAGUUUAGGCAUAAAAACCAGAAUGAAAAGAAAUUUAUCCAGACAUAUGCAUUUGUGUAGUUUAAUUAUUUUAUUUGCGAAAUCUAAUUAUCAUUUUUUCCUGUACUGAAGCGGCACGUGCCAUAGAAUUGAGACAAUUUAAUCGCAUAAUAGAUUUUUUCAAGUGUAAGUCGUUUUUCAGUGCAAAAUAUUAAUGAAAAUAACUUUUUGUUAUGCAACAAAAAUAAUCUAAAUGUAAGUAAAAUGAAAUCUCUAAAUCUAAGCAAUACGUCUGUAUACCACCUUAGAGAUGAGGAUAUUUAAGAAUAAAUCAAAGUAAAAUUAUUGUUUUUUUGGACGAAACAGUGUACUUCUUUUGCAAAGGAAGAUUUUUAUAAACUAAUAGUACUAACUAAAAACUUUUGCAUGUUCUAAUAUACUAAAAUUGGACCAACAUUUUAAUUAAUUGAGGAAGAUUUCAACUUUGUUGAGCCAUAAAACGAACAUUUUUUUGAAAAUUUGCAUUAAAAAAGGUACAAAACAUACAGUAUUGAAAUUCUGCGUACUGUUAGUAAAUGUAUUGACAUAGAUUAAAACAAGUUUUUGGGGAUUACAUAUAAAAGGGGAGGCAGGUAGCUUUCUCAAAAUCACGUUUUUCAAGUUUAUGGAAGUUCUUCAAGGUACUACAGUAAAGUGAUAGUUAUGAAAAUUUUCUGAGAUGUGUAUCUGGGGUGUGUGCAUGGCUGGCAUUAGAAAGUGGAAAAAAAAAUGAAAACUUUUCGUUAAAAAAAAAAUUUCCGGAAUUUUUUUUUCCCCUCAUUUUAGUACUAACCACGGACACAUCCUAGCUACAUCUCUCAGAAAAUUUUCAUAACCAUCGCUCACCGGUAGCGCCUUGAACGACUUCCGUAAUCUUUAAAAAGUGGUUUCGAGAACCAAACCUCCCGCCUCCUCCUUAAUACGUGGCCUUCAAAAAAUUGUUUUCAUUUCCAUCAAUACAUUUAUAGUCAGUACGGAAAAUUUCAAUAUCGUAUGUAUUGUACCUUUCUUAAUGUAAAUUUUCAAAACAAAAUUUGUUUUAUGUUCCAACCAAGUAAAAACCUACCUUGACGAAUUCCCCGCGCGCGAUGCCAUAUGGCAUCGCCAGGCACGACUAAGUCUUGUUCAUUUUCCUAGCAACAACUUCUACUUAUACUUAAUGAAGAGAGAUGUUUUUUGAUGUAAAAUAAAUCAUGAUUCGUUCAACUAUCAUGUCGUAAUCAUAAAAAUGAUGAGGAGAAAAACAGGUUUUUUCGUUUGUCUUUUGUGGGGAAUGGGUUAAUACUAACAGGGGGCAGAUAUGCGACAAAAUGAUAAAACCCUACAUGCAUUUGAAUGAUUCCCUGGACUGCAUUCAUUCGGCUCAUUCUUUUACAAAUCACACACCUUCCAAACUUGACGUUUCUAAAUCGUCUGAGUUUUUUAUUUAAAUGCUGUUUAUAAAAUUACUUCACACGUAUUUCAGGAUUUCUAACAAAUAUAUUUUCGAAGAUUAGGCGCUUUAUUAACUGAUGAUUCAUCUGCUACUUAAAAUUCCUUAUCUUCGGUUGUAUUGAUCGGAUCAAUACUAUUUUUUAUUUUAGUUGUUUAUAGUGUACUAUAAUUUUUGGUCAAUAACAUAUUUGGACAGAUGCACAGUAGGAAAAGCCCGGACUUAAUGCGAUAUUCUCAAUAUUCUCUUCGGAAUGUUAUGCGAUAUUCUCACUAGUAUUUUUCUCCUAUCAGCUGAGCCAUCAGAGACAUUUUUGCGAGAUUUUAAGUGAUUGGAACGUAAAAUGAUUUUUGGCAGCUUUUUUAACCUUAGAACGUUGCACUUGCGAUUUCCAUCCUAGAACGUUGCACUGGGGUACAAAUGCACCCCACGCGUUUGAUCGCAAUUUUUGCAGGUAAAAAUGCAAACAAAAGAAAUGUAUACACCAUUUUCUUCGUUUUUUUAAUUGCGAAAACAGCUGUGUAAGUGAAAGUACGGAAUUUAUUGAAUCAAUGAUACAUACAUUGGUUUGAACAAAAUAAAAAGUGAAAAAAUCGCUGCUUUGACUUUUUUCACGAAAAUUAAUAUAAUUUUGCGAAUUUUUAACCGAUUUGAAAAAAAAUCAAAUGAUUCUAAAAGUUGAAAGAAUGAUCUUGAUACGGUAUAAAAUGGAAUUUCGAUAUAUUUGAAAAACUUCAAUUAUUUUGAAGAGUGAAAGUUUAAAAAUCGGGUUUGGAAAAAUACCACGAAAUGGGGUCGAAAUUGAAAUGAAAAAAAUAUUUCUGACCAGUACUGUUACAGCUGUUAUUAUGUGCAAAUUAUAUUUGCGAGCCAUAGCUUUGAAAAAGUAUAAAAAAUUAACUAUAAAACAAAAAUCAGAAAAAAUUAGAACAAUUUUUUUGCUCCGCUUCAAAAUUUAAUUAAACGAUUAAAAACGAUUAUAUAAUACUAAUUGUUACUACCGUAGUAAAACAAUCGGUAUUUAAACUGGUAUUGUCACGAAUCACUGACAGCACGAAACCUGACGAAACACUAACGGCAACCGUACACUGGGGUACAAAUGUACCCCACGCCAGCUUUGACACCUGCUUCCACGAAGGCUAUAAGGAAACUGGCUAUAGAAUAUUUUCCUACUCUUACUAGGAACUCUAAAUUGAAUUAUGGUUAGGGUCCCAGGUCGGCAAAUGCCGAAUUCUCGUUUUUACACGACCCCAAAGAAGGCGUGGUGUACAUUUGUACCCCAGUGCAACAUUCUAGGGUUGAGCGCACAAUUCAGGUGUUUUUUGCAUAAUUUGACCAUAGGAACUACAUCCAGUUAUUUUUGUUUUUCAAAGAAAUGGUUGAUUUUAUGCAUUUCAUUACUUCACCAAAAUUAUCCGUAUGAUAAAAUUACAUCGUAAAAUCGCCACUAGUUGGUUUAGUUAAUGUUUAGAUAACUGUUUGUCAUGAUUUUUUUAUGGAAUUCGAACUUCUAAUGCGAUAACAACAGCGACGCCCGUGAAUGCCCACGAUCACACUAUACUCAUUCGAAAGCUUUUAAUUUCCUUUUUAAAAUGAGUAUAUGCUAGUUUUGCGAAAACUUGCGAUAAGCAAUCAAAUUUUAAAAAAAACUGUGAAUGGAGACGCAUGGUUACUACUGAUAUUGAAUUCGAAUAAUCACUUUAUAGCUAGAAUAAUGACACGAAUACAUGCACAACUUUCAAAUAGCUUUGAGAGCAUGAUCUACAAGGGUUUUACUAGUGAUCAAGAGUAAGGAGCCGAGUGGGAAGUAUGUUUUUUAGAUGGUAGGGGUAUUAAGAAUGAUUGAAAAUCAGUAAAUCUUUUCAACCAUCUGAAAUAGGUUAUAAAAUGUUUCUGGAACUAUUUCUUGCUAACUUACGCAAUACCUGUCAAAUAGAGUGAUAUAGCUUAAGGGUAUGCGAUAUUAUCCAAAUAAAAUAAGACCAUUUUUAAAUGAACCAUAUACACGAAAAAAGGGGUUUGGAUUUAUUUUCAUUUAAGAUAUGAAAUAAGCAAUCUAAGUAACUUAAAACACACCUUCGAAAAAAAAAUCGUAAGCCAUCUUGUUGAUUAGUGAAUGUAGUUAAACAUUCCACUAAGAGGCGCAAAAUGUUUGCUUUGAAAUUUUUUUGAGGCACUCUAAUGAAUGGUAAACGCUUAUUUUUGAAAUGUUUUAAUAUCAAAAACUAAUUCAGCGUACCAAAAUUACAUAAAAUCGUCCUAUUUGAACCGAUACGGCAAAGUUUGGACUUUAGUCCACCUUUUGUUCUAAGUCGUGCCACUGUGAGAUGGCUUCCGCUUAAUUCCGCAAUAAUAGUAAUAAUGAAAAACAGUUGCUUUUCACCAUAAAUCAGAUACUAGUAUUUCAACUAUUACUUACAGUCUUCUUCAUUGGUCAUAUCAGUCUAAAGAAAAUUGUUAUUGCUAUAAGCUUUUUUACAGAAACAGGUAGAAAGAUCGGUAGGUAACUAGACGCGUGAAGCUGGCCGUACUUUGUGUGCGAGUAGUAGUUUGAAAAGUCAUGAAUAUCCGGACUGUUUGAAAAUUUCCAAGCUCUCAGCUACAUCGUAUUUCCAGGGAUUGGUAGUCAGGUCGAGUUUUUUGAAAAAGGCGUGUUCUGCUACCUUAGAUUUUAAGUGAAAUGGUACAUCUUUUUCCAGUUCCCUAAAAGUUUUGGUAAUUUCUGCGACGUUUUCCAUAAACCGACUUUCUAAUGUUCUCUUGUUUUGCCCAAUAUAAACUUUAUCGCAAUGAGAACAUAAUAUUUUGUAUAUCUCAGAUUUGCUUAGAGUGUCUAUUGGAUCUUUUGUGGACCCUAGCAUUGACAUUAGUUGGUAAUUUCGGUAAGCAAGAUCCAUACCAAACUUUUUUCAAUUUUGUUCUGAGUGGAUAUGCCAUAUUGUUGUUGAAAUCUACAGCUAACACACUCCAGCACCCCUCCCCUCGUCAGGAUACCACUCCAUCCCACCUUUUACAGACCCAUAACUCUCUCAUUCCCACCGCCUUUACCCACCAAGCCUCUGAGUUGUUGGUUUUUCAUUCUCCUCGCAUACCUUCCCUUCUCCGUAGUGCCCCAUUCCUGCUGCCACCUCGCCAUCGAAUCGAUUCUCACCAGGUUCCUCACAUUUCUGGUGUUUAUUCGAUAGUAGUAUUCGAUAUCCUCCGCCAGGGUGAUGCAGAUGAGGAUUAUCCUGGCGAUAACGCAUACUGCCUCCGACGAUGUUGUAGGCGCUCAUCUGACCCCGUUCAUCCAGUUCUCCAUCGCGUCUAUUGUCUCCGUUGCAGAUGCCUCCACUUCUUCAAGUGUCUCACCCAUCACCGUUAGUACCACAUAGUCCACGAAACCCACGAUUUUCACUUUCCUGAGCAGCCGCAGUAUUAAGACCUCAUCGUACAUCCCGUUCCAAAGAAUAGGAACGAUAAUGGAGCUCUGAGAAGCAUCCGCUGUCACUCACAUUGACUUCUGCCCUUCGUUCUUCGCGUACAACAAACAGCACUCUACUCUGGAAGUAGCUCUUCACGAUCCAGCAUAGAUAGUUCCUCAUUCUGUGUAGCGCUGCGGCGAUGGCUCCCCAGCGCAAUAUCGAUCUCCUCUUCGCCUCCGUUUAGAUGCCUUCUCCGCACACUCGAGAACUGUCCGCAUUGUAUCCAUUAUCGAUACUCUUUUGCGGAAUCCGAGCUGCAUCUGGGAAAUUCCGUGCUCGCCCUCCGUGCAUUUCAACCUGUUAAGAAUGAUUCUUUCCAGGAGUUUUCCAAGUGUAUCCAGCAAAUAGCAAUCCUAUACGAGGUCUAAUCUCUCGGUGGCUUCCCUGUCUUUGGCAGCAACACCCGUUUCUGUACUUUCCAAAUUUCGUAGAAGUUGCCUUCAUCUUGCAACUACUGCAGCACCAUCCUGAACAUAUCCGGGUAUGCCAGGAUCGCAGCUUUCAGCACCAAGUAUUCCAUCAGGACCAGGGGCUUUCUUUGAUUUCAGUCGCUACGAUGCUUCUGUAAGCUCAUCAUUAGUCACUUGCCGAUCGUUCUUGUUUGCUCCUUCUUCUUCGUCGUACUGUGUCGGUGGAUCGUGCUUCGGGAAGAGACACUCAACGAUUAUCUUUAGCUUACUCGGGCACACUUCGGCUGGCAUCGACGGGCCCUACAUUUUCGCCAUCACGACCGGGUACACGUCGCCCCAAAGAUUGGCGCCUACUUCUCAACACAGUUCCUUAUGGCAAUCUAUUUUGUUAAGCCUGAUCUCCCGUUUUAAAGCGGUCCUAACUUCCCUAAACGCUGCCUUGCGCUCCUCUCAAUCUGACUCCGAUACUGUUCUCUGAACCCACCCUCUGGCUCUAAUACAAGCAGCGCGUAGCGUACUGAAUGUCCCGUUUCACCAAUAAGCUGGACGCCGUCUAAUUUGCGGCAUUGUAGCGUCACAAGCCGUCACAAUCCGUCUUGUUAGAUUAACCACACCCACGCUCUUGGCCCCGCCGUCCGGCCGAAGUGCCUCAACGAAGUGGUCUUUAUUGAAAGCUUUCGUCUUCCACAUUUGCUCGCCGGGCAUCCUUCUCCGUGCUGCAGCAGGGUUCCGCUGGCCGAUACGGUAGCGAAUCGCCUGGUAGUCGAUAUGCGUACUUCUGGCAUACUCUUCAAUCCAUAUGUGUGUUUGUGUGUGUAUAUACAAUCCCUCCACCACUGGCCGGCAACGCCUCCAUGGAAGACACCUGUCUGCAUCUAUUUAUUUGUUUUUACCCAUAGAUGAAAACGUGUUUAGUAUUUUUACUGUAAUUCCAAUGACCGAAUUGAUGAUUCCAAAUGAUCAUAAACCGAAUCGACCGAAUGGAAUUUGUAAAACGCUAUCGCGGUGAACAUUUGCAACAAUUUUCAAACAUUAAGUUGAAUGCCAUGCACCACCAAAACAAACAAACACAACUCUUGGCAUCGAUUGCUGUGUGUGUGUGUGUGUGUGUGUGUGUGUGUGUGUGUGUGUGUGUGUGGCAAUACCGCGCAGCAAAUACCCGCACUUCAAAAAGCGGUUAAAAGCGUCUUACUGGAUCGCAACCGCUACGAGCCCUAAGCGUUGAUGCGGUACUUACCCAACGUCAGUCUAUCGCGGAUUUGUAUUGUACUCAUUUCUGAACAGUUUACCGAAGAAGGUCCAAAUAUAUAAAAAUUUGAACGUUGUUUCGCCGAAAUCGACUUAUAUCCGCUUGUAUGCAAUCUAUGGACUCCUAAAUGGCUUAACCGAUUGCCGUAAAAAUUUAUACAUAGUAGACAUUUGUGUUUUUUACUUCUAUUUCGCUGAAAGUCGCAGAAACGCGCGACGGAUAACAGAUAGUAUAUAAUAAUAUGAAUAAUAUUAGAACGAGCUCACCGGUCAUUAAUACGCGCCGAUGCUGAUGCAGAACCUGACACACUCGCAACUGCUGUCCCCAUUGUGGUGCUGGCGACAUUGAUUGUAGAUCGCCCGUGCUCUUUCAUGCCCUUGAGUUUACCUGUAAACUCCAGAUAAAAACCCACAUUUGUGAAUGAGUGAGAAACAAAGAACCAUAUCCUAAAUGUUUGCUUGUUCCACUUGUUCCAGUGCUUUCACUAAAAAUACGAGUUCCUGAAAGUGCGGCAAAGCUUCCGCCAAACCAUGAAUUUGGUGGUUGGUUUUUGGUGGCUGAAGGUACAAAACCUGGUGAUCAAAUUUUCACUUUUUCUUCAAACUUGGUAAUUUUGUUGCACUAUUCUUUCGGAUUUUGUUUGAAAGGUUGGAAAAAUGGAACAAGAGCUUCACUUAUUAACAUUUUAUGUCUGAUUUUGCCUUUCUCAAUAGAAAGGUAUUGCAAUUGCUCUGAAAACCGACUUUUUAACGGAGGCCCGGAGGGCCGAGUGACAUAUACCAUUCGAUUCAGUUCGUCGAGUUCGGCAAAUGUCUGUGUGUGUAUGUAUGUGUGUAUGUAUGUAUGUGUGUGUGUAUGUGUGUGUGUAUGUGACCAAAAAUGUCACUCAUUUUUCUCAGAGAUGACUGAACCGAUUUUGACAAACUUAGUCUCAAAUGAAAGGUGCAACGUUCCCAUAGGCUGCUAUUGAAUUUCUAAUGGAUCCGACUUCCGGUUCUGGAAUUACAGGGUGAUAAGUACGAACACGCAGAAAAUGUCGAUUUUAAUAAAUUCUGCAAUGAAUGUAUAAAGGUGAAAAAUUUUCCAAAAUAUGACCACAACUGCUUCGAUUUGUAGUAUUAGGUCACUAACAUCCAUUCAAAGUCUAUUUGGCCACAUUGGCCACCAUCCUCGGUUCCGGAAGCCCCGGCGGAAGUAUCUAAAUUCAGAAUAACAGUCACAUCGGUUUCUCGGAGAUGGCUAGACCGAUUCGACUAAACUUGGCCUCAAAUGAAAGGUAUUGCGUCCCCGUAAAUGGCUAUUUAAUUUCAUCCCGAUCCGACUUCCGGUUCCGGAGUUACAGGUUGUGGCGUGCGAUCACAUAGCAAAUUGUGAUUCAAACCGAUACUCCGAUGAAAGCAAAAAAGGUAAAAAUUUCGCUAAAAUGUCUCUCAAACAACUUAAAUUUGCUGUUCUAGGUCACCGACGGCCAACCAAACUUUCGUUGACUACAUUAACCACCAUAGACGGUUCCGGAAGUGCCCGGGAAAAGCGGCCAUCUUUCAAAAUUUAAGAACUCACAUCAGUUUCCCGGAAAUGGUUGGGCCAAUUUUCACAAACUUUGUCCCAAAUGAUAGCUAUAAUAUCCCCAUAGAUGUCUAUAAAAUUUCGUACGGAUCGCUUAUAUGGAUCCGGAAAUAUAGACUAAACCGUCCGGUCACAUAUGAAAUUCCCAUAUAAGCCGGAACUCAAAUUUUUUUUCAAAGGGGGGACCUCAUGAAAUUUCAGAAAUCGAAUUCGUAUUUUCGAUGCCAAACAUCUUUAAAAUGCAUGAAACGUCGAGAUUUUAUGUUAUCUCGAAAAAUUUUUUUUUUUAUAAAAAUCGACUUUUUGGGACUUUGCCGAUUUCGCACCUUUUUGCCUUUCUCAAUAGAAAGGUAUUGCAAUUGCUCUGAAAACCGACUUUUUAACGGAGGCCCGGAGGGCCGAGUGACAUAUACCAUUCGAUUCAGUUCGUCGAGUUCGGCAAAUGUCUGUGUGUGUGUAUGUAUGUGUGUAUGUAUGUAUGUGUGUGUAUGUGUGUGUGUAUGUGACCAAAAAUGUCACUCAUUUUUCUCAGAGAUGACUGAACCGAUUUUGACAAACUUAGUCUCAAAUGAAAGGUGCAACGUUCCCAUAGGCUGCUAUUGAAUUUCUAAUGGAUCCGACUUCCGGUUCCGGAAUUACAGGGUGAUAAGUACGAACACGCAGAAAAUGUCGAUUUUAAUAAAUUCUGCAAUGAAUGUAUAAAGGUGAAAAAUUUUCCAAAAUAUGACCACAACUGCUUCGAUUUGUAGUAUUAGGUCACUAACAUCCAUUCAAAGUCUAUUUGGCCACAUUGGCCACCAUCCUCGGUUCCGGAAGCCCCGGCGGAAGUAUCUAAAUUCAGAAUAACAGUCACAUCGGUUUCUCGA